GAUGCAGAGCAUCCCUAGAAAUGAGAGAGUUGUCAUUGGUGCAGACUUCAAUGGACAUGUUGGUGCAGGAAACAGAGAUGAUGAGGAGGUCAUGGGCAGGUUUGGUAUCCAGGAGAGGAACGCAGAAGGACAGAUGGUGGUUGACUUUGCAAAAAGGAUGGAAAUGGCUGUAGUGAAUACUUUCUUCCAGAAGAGGCAGGAACAUAGGGUGACCUAUAAGAGUGGAGAUAGGAGCACACAGGUAGACUACAUGUUGUGUAGACGGUGUAAUCUGAAGGAGAUCAGUGACUGCAAAGUAGUGGUAGGUGAGAGUGUAGCCAGACAGCAUGGGAUGGUGGUGUGUAGGAUGACCCUGGUGGUGAAGGAGAUGAAGAGGGCAAAGGCAGAGCAGAGGACCAAAUGGUGGAAGCUGAAAAAGGAAGAGUGUUGUAUGACUUUCAGGAAAGAGUUGAGACAGGCUUUGGAUGGUCAGGAGGUGCUUCCAGGUGACUGGACAACUACAGCAAAUGUGAUCAGGGAGACAGGUCAGAGAGUACUUGGUGUGUCAUCUGGAAGGAAAGGCGAUAAGGAGACUUGGUGGUGGAAUGAGGAGGUGCAGGAGUGGAUCCAGAGAAAGAGGUUAUCUAAGAAGAAGUGGGACACUGAGAGGACUGAAGAGAGUAGACAGGAGUACAGGGAGAUGCAGCGUAAGGUGAAAGUAGAGGUGGCAAAGGCCAAACAAGGGGCUUACGAUGACUUGUAUGCUAGGUUGGACAGUAAGGAGGGAGAGACUGAUCUGUGUAGGUUGGCAAGGCAGAGAGACAGAGAUGGGAAGGACGUGCAGCAGGUUAGGGUGAUAAAGGAUAAGGAUGGAAGUGUGUUGUCAGGUGCCAAUAGUGUGAUGGGAAGAUGGAAAGAGUACUUUGAAGAGUUGAUGAAUGAGGAAAAUGAGAGAGAACGAAGAGUAGAAGAGGUGACUGUUGUGGAGCAGGAAGUAGCAAAGAUUAGUAAGGAUGAAGUGAGGAGGGCAUUGAAGAGGAUGAAGAGUGGAAAGGCACUUGGUCCUGAUGAUAUACCUGUGGAGGUAUGGAAGUGUCUCUGA